UUUUAAAAUUAUUUUUGAAUUGAUAAGAUAAACAGUAUAAAAAUCUGACACUAUGCCACCAUCCAAAGGUGCUCAUAAUGCGCAAGAGAACCAGUGACGAGUUGCUCAAGGGAUGUAGCAGGCUACAUAGAGUAAGCUCUUUGCAAGAAUUCCGUUGCAAUCAAUUUGACAAACCAGAUUGCCCAAACACCAGAAUAUCCAACCGCCUGUUCACAUGCGAAAUUUGGACCAAGAGACCUGCACCGUCUCCGACAGGGCGACAAUUAUUUCACGUCGAGACCACCCUCGUUGUAACUGAGUUCCAGGGGCAUCAUGCCAUAACAGCCGCACAAAAAGUCAGACCACUCCGCUCUUGUCCUGUGUCCAAUUGCAAGCACGGACACAUCCCCGAGCCAGGGCGUUUGCCAGCGAAACGUUCCGAUAUCAAUAAGAGAAGCCCUGACUCGGAGAAUGGGGCACAUGUGGGUUGUCAGAUGGGGAUGACAUCCGCCAAUAGUUCGCAGCGAUGGUGAUGGCGAGGGCCGAGAAGUCCGAUAUCGGAAUGGCGUGGGAAUGGCAACAGCUUUGAUGCUUGCUGGCAGAGGA